UCAUCACGUGUGGCUCACGUGAGGGUCCGGAAUACCCUCCUCUGCUUCCCUCUGAUUCCCUGCGCGGCGCCGACCCUCUCUCUUCUUGGAGGAGGGUGUAAGAAAACCAAGCCGCCGCCGGGGAUACACACCACCCAGCUCCUCCCCAGUCUCCACCCAACCCGCCUCUCGAGCUUUCAGAACCGUCCUCUCGCCAGCUGCGGUGCGGCUUCUGCUGUCUCUGUCGCCUAGAGGAGAGUGUAAGGAGAGUAGAUAGCGAGGGAUGGCUUCCCCUGAUCCAUCGGCGGCAGGCGCCGGCGCCGGGGGCGAGUCGACGAGCCAGGCGGCGGCCGUGGAGCCGAUCCGGAUGCCCACGGUGGAGGAGAUCAAGGGGCAGGACAUCUGGAACAACUGCGCCGUCCGCAGCGUCGUCAGUGGCGUCAUGGGAGGCGGUCUUGGUGUACUUAUGGGACUAUUCUUUGGAGCUUUGGACAACCCAAUAAUGGCAGAGGAGAUGACAGCAAGGCAGCAAAUAGUAUACACAGCAAAGCAGAUGGGUAGGAGAAGUAUAAGUAAUGCCAAAACCUUUGCAGUCAUGGGUCUGAUUUUCUCAGCAGCUGAAUGUACCAUAGAGAAGGUUCGGGCAAAGCAUGACACUACCAAUACAGCAGUAGCUGGCUGUGUCACUGGAGGAGCUUUAGCUGUAAAAGGUGGCCCAAAAGCUACAUGCAUUGGAUGUGCAGGGUUUGCUGCGUUCUCAGUGGCAAUUGAGAAGUUCUUUGACCGGCAUACUUGAAAUGGGUGUUGUCAAUUUGAAGCCUUUUAGCUGAGUAUGAGUAGCGUUGGCAGAAGAACCUGGUAUUUUGCAACAUCCAGUCAUCUACAUAUCAUGAAAGAUCAUGUAACUUUUUUUUUACUAUUCCCAAUUCCUUGGCUGGCUUCAUAGUUAUAACUGGACUACUGGAGCGCAUAAGAGAUCCACCCUGAUCAAUAUGAUGCACGAUGACAUUGACUGAGUUGUUUACUUGUUCUCAAAUGUUUCUUUAUGUUACUCUCGACAUCUGCAGCCAACGGGUGUAUAUUGUUGCAACCUGUUGGCGUUACUGACUGGAGUCUGAAGUCACUGAACGUUUGUUGCUCUUUCCUUCGCUGCUCCAUCACUGCUGAUGCAAUCAAGUGAUCCACGCAGAACUCCUUUUUUUCAGCCUUCUGCAUUUUAUUCUCGACAUCUGCAGCGCUGUAUAAGAUUUCUCAUGUAGUGCUAUAUUGCCAUAUAAGAUAUCUUUACAUGUAUAAAGGAGAAAGAGAGAAGUGAUUAAUAA